AUGUACCCUGGCAUACUCGUCACCAGGUUAUCCAGAAGCUACAGACCAUCACCGCCUUCAAUAAUGAGUUCAAACUCAGGCCAAUCGGGAGUCAAACGGGCGGCUUCACCCAUGGAUCUACAGCAGCAGGAACGUCGAAUUCUGCAACUGAAACAAGCUCGCGAUGCCAAUGGGUUCAGAAUACGUCAACAAGACCUCGAUAAAGCCAAGAGUGUCUACGAUCAGAUGGGCGGCAAGGACUCGCAUGACUCAACACUCGUCCAAGGCAAGACCAUUCAAGAAGAAGAAGCUGAGGGAGCUAGGUAUAUCGUGGAGGGGAAAUUGCGUAAGGUGCUGCCGUACUAUUUCACAUACUUGACAUAUUGCAAACUUCGAUGGAGGGACCGGAAGUUGCUAGACGUUUUCCUUGAUGAAUUUAGAGAUCGUACACCGGAAGCGUAUAAAAAGGCCAUAGAAACAGGCAUGGUUUGCAUCAACUCCAAACCUGCUGAUUUGUCUACCGUGAUCAAGAAUGGAGACUUGAUUAGUCAUCGCGGAUAUCGACGCGAGGGUCCCGUGAGCUCAGCUGAGAUUAAAAUUGUUCAUGAAGAUGACGAUUUGUUGGUCGUUGAUAAGCCCUCGGGUAUACCUGUUCACCCCACGGGGAGGUAUAGAUACAACACCGUGACCAAGAUUUUGCAGCAUGAGAUGGGUAAAGUUGCCCACCCUUGUAAUAGACUAGACCGGUUGACUUCGGGGCUAAUGUUUUUGGGCAAGACUGCUCACGGUUCAAAUAAGCUUAUGCUCCAGAUUAGAGACCGAAGCGUGUUUAAGGAAUAUAUUGCACGUGUCAAGGGCAAAUUCCCUGUGGAAAAAGAAAAAGAAGGUGGCAGUGGUGGUGGCAGUGGUACGGUUGUUGUUGAUAAGCCGUUGUCGACCUUGAACAAGAAACUUGCCCUAAAUGUUGUGGAUUUGAAUCGGGGGAAGGAGGCUUUGACCGAGUUCAAGAGAAUUUCAUAUGACCCCGUCACGAACACCAGCGUAGUGAAAUGUCACCCCUUAACUGGUCGCACUCACCAAAUUCGAAUCCAUCUACAGUAUCUUGGCUACCCCAUUGCUAAUGAUCCCAUAUAUUCUAGUGCUCAAGUAUGGGGCGAAAACUUGGGUCGCAACGGAGAAGCCGAUCUUGAACAGGUGCAAGCAAAGUUAGACACCAUUGGCAAAUCCCGGGCUGCAUCAAGUUGGAUCCACCCUGAGCAAGAUGGAGAAAAAUUGACUCAUGAAACGUGUCCACACACGGGACUUCCUUUAUAUUCCGACCCUGGUGUCAAUGAUUUGGAGUUGUGGCUCCAUGCGCAUUUGUAUGAGGCACUCGAUGGAAGCUGGAGUUACAAGACACAGUAUCCUGAGUGGUCCGUUGAGUAUAGCAGGAAAUUCAUGGAGAUGGCCAUCGCGGAAGCCGAAAAAUGCGGCGAGACCCAAACACAGUUCAACGUUGGUUGCGUUUUGGUCCACGAUGGCAAGGUCAUCUCCACGGGCCACUCACGCGAGCUUGAAGGUAACACACACGCUGAGCAAUGUGCAUUGGAGAAACUUUUUGCAGAGACGGGCAAGAGGGACGUGCCCCCUGGAACGGAAUUGUACACCACGAUGGAGCCUUGCUCGUUGAGACUAAGCGGCAACUUGCCAUGCGUGGACCGGAUUCUUGCGCUCCCGAAUAUAAGAACCUGCUUUGUUGGAGUUCUCGAGCCCGAUGUGUUUGUGAAAAACAACCUGUCUUACAAAAGACUCAAGGAUGCCGGUGUUUCUUACGUACAUAUACCCGGGUAUGAAGAGAAAUGUCUAGAAAUUGCCAAAAGAGGGCACGAAAAGAUUAAAACAUAA